UCAUGGGAGGAUCAUCUUGAGCACGUUCCACGAUGCUCCCGCCACCGGACACUUUGAAGUCAAUCGCACGAUUGGCCGACUUCGUGAGCGAUUUUGGUGGCCCCGACCUUCUAGGCAACGUCACACGCUAUUGUGAGGCAUGCGAGGGUUGCCGACACUGCAAAUCCCGCAACCAUCGUCCAUACAGCGAGUUGCGACCAUUACCGGUCCCCUUGCGGCGAAGGGAAGCAAUUGCCAUGGACAUUACCGGCCCGUUCCCCGAGCACAAGACUGGCGUGGAUGGGAUUCUCACGGUGGUCGACCGACUCACCAAGUUUGCCAUGUUUUUGCCUUGCCGCUAUCAUGCCAAGGCACCGGAGUUGGCCGAGGUUCUUUACGCCGGUUGGAUUCCCACCAAGGGUUACCCCAAGGAAAUCGUCUGCGACCGCGACACUCGGUUCAUGUCCGAUUUUUGGUUGGCGCUCAUCAAACGAUGGGGCUCAUCUCUCAAGCCAAGGCUCGCCACCCCCAAACCGAUGGGGCUCCGUCGCACUCUCAUCCGCCCCGACCAGAAGGAUUGGGUUGAGCGGCUGCCGGAUGCCGAGUUGGCCUACAACUCGUCCAUCCACCCGGCUAUCGGGAUGUCGCCCUUCGAGUUCGAGCACGGCUCGCUGGUCACUUCGCCGUUGGACACAAUCAUUCCACGAGCGGCCGAGAGCGACGACCAUCUUCUUUUCUUGCGUCGGAUGCAAGAGCUACUUGUCAAGGCACGCGACCAGAUGGUGAAGACGCAGCAACGCAUGAGCCAACAGGCCAAUCACCAGCGAACAACUGUGGAGCCCCUUCCUUCACUGGAUGAGCUAAGGAGUCACUGUAAGAGCCAACUAGCAGCCCUCCGACCAGAUCACAAGCGCAGUCUGAAUCCUACUCCUUAUAAGGUCAGCGUGACAGACAACUUGUACAGUUACAUUCACUUCUUGUGGUUGAGUGAAGCUCCGGUUGGAGAGUUGGCUUAACGGACUACAAUCUUUUGAGUGCAGCUCAGCAUGACAGACAAAUUGCACAGCUAAUUCACUUCUUUUGGUUGACUGAAGCUCCUGUUGGAGUUUGGCUUAAAGGACUUCCUUUUUGUUUUGGCUUAAAAGGACUUUUAAUCUUUUGAGUCUUGACGAAUGCAACUGAGUGCUGCACCGUCAAAGACAGUGCAUCCUCGUGCAUAUUUUUCCGGCUGCCAGCUUGUUGAAUGGCAGUGUAGAUGGCAUGCAGAACAUUACUGUGGGGUCUGCAGAGGUGCGCCAUGGAAGUCAGACCCUGUCCUUGGCCUCAGGCUGAGUUACAGUGAUAGCCACAAAUGUGUGGUCUAUCUGCGUGCAUCUGAACCUGCAGAAAACCAGCAACCCGCGAAUGAACAUGAAAAACCUGCCUCACUGAUGAACCAGGUUUCCAUGUCCAGAAUCCGCCUUUGACUAAGUUGCAGAGAUAGCCAAGGAGUGGGCCGUUUUUUUUGCAAACCUGGUACUGCACAAAACCAGGGGUUCGACUACGACAUGGGCUUGCAUAAACCGGGUUGGGUCCAUAAAAUGGGUUUGGAGUCUUUGGACUCAAAUAACGAACCUGGUUCAUUUAUGAACUGGGUUUUGGUUCAAGUGAGCACAAGCCUGGUAUGACGAGUGUGGACAGCUAGAUAUGGUGGUUUCACAUGCGGUUGAGUUGAACAGGAGCUUAGCUGCUCAAUCAAUUACCCUGCAGCUUUGCUGCAUAAUCAAUUACAUGUGUUGCAUUGCAAUCAGCUAUGGGACUUCCCUGGUUGAUAUGAAGACAGGCAUUUUUCUUCUUCUUCUGAAUGAUUUUUGUGGCCUGGAUGAUGAAACCUGUUUGUUUGUUUACGUGAUUGAAACAUCUGUUUUUCUUUUCCUUUGUUCUUUUUGUUUUGUUUUGUUUUGUUUUUUCCGAAGAAACAGCCCUGUGGGACAGCUUGAGAUGCUGGUGGGGCAAGACUACUGACUGUUUCCCUUCCAUUUUCGUGUACCAUGGAAACUCUGACGCCACACUUCGUGCCGGCACACGGACAAAAAAGUUGAAGGCGUUCCCAAUAUUGUUUAAUCGUGGAAAGGCCAUAUCAGGCGCUCCAAUUAAAAUAGGAACAAACCAGUUUCCAAACC